AUGGAUCUAUCCUACGCUACAGUCAAUAUAAUGGGUUACAAGAGGCAUUUAGCAGCACAGACUGUUAAAUUACCUCUUAAAUACCCAUCAACGCUGCAGAAAUAUACACCCAAUGAACAAUUUCAUAGACAGUUAGCUAGCACGGGUGAUAUAGUCAAUUUGAGUAAAAUAAACUCCUCAUUCAUUGACCAAAUUUCGUACGUGGUUCUAAAUGAUAUGAAGACUAUAUCUUUUACGCCAUUGAAUUCGCAAGUAAAUAAUUUCCGCUUGAAAUUUCAAAGCUUGCAAGUGGUAUUACCGCAUGAACUUAAAUCAAAUCACUGUAUCAGUGUUUAUUAUGAAAAGCUGGAGACUGAAGAUGAAGGAUGGAUAAUUAUGGAUUUGAUUGAUGAGAAUUAUUUGUUUAUAACAUUGAAAAUAUCUUUAACUGACUUUAUUGUAGAAGAUAACCAGAAGGCCAAAUUCUCAUUAAAUAAUUUCGAUCAAUGGGGGAGAAUAUCAAUACCCUACUCAUUCGAACUAAGAUCACCUCCAUCGUUUAUGAAAGCCAUUGAUUCUCGUAACAUAAUAAUUUCUUUGAAAGACGGUGGAUUAUUGCAUUUACAGAGAUCGGAGCAUUUGAAGGAUUUUGCUGUUCAUAAUUUCAGUGAUCCAACGUCAUUAUUACCAUUGAAUUUUGUGAGUGGCCUAUUCAAGAGAGAUACUUCAAAUCAAGAUAUUGUUCUAGAUGGAGUCUCGUCUAAUUCGCUUGUGGACUUGGUAGCUGUUAGUACUAUACUUAUAACAUUGACUGUCGACAAAGUGUUAAAAUUCUGGAAUCUAGAAAAUCAUCAACAAGCGCGUAGUCCAAUAGAUUUGAAAGAUGAUAAGUCGGGAUCAAGAGCUGAUGCGGCCUGGUUAAGUUCCGUAUCUUCUAGAUACUUGCAAGUUGUUGAAAGUGAAGCGUCCGGUCAUGCAUAUUUAACUUGUCACUACACUACUACAUCUAAUAGUUUAAAACAAAAUUACAAUGAGAUGGGUUUGCUUUUCAAAGCGUGGGAGAUUUUAGAUCAUAAGACUCAAAUAGAAUUGAUUUCCUUAGAUCGCUUGACCUUCCAACCACAGUUGCCAGAUUUGCUAAUUUCCUCACAAGGCGAUGAAGAGACAAAGUAUCAUAAUUCCUUAUGGUUUGUUCAAGAUUUUAGAUGCGAAAGUCGUGGUGAAUAUUUGAACUAUCAUAUUUUAUGGAAAUCAAAUACAUCAUCAAUCCUUGUGACCUAUAAAAUUCAUUUCAAUAAUGGUGCAGUAUCAUCAAUAAAUUGGUCCCAACCAAACAGUUCGAACUCAUUAUCUGAUUCUACUUCUCAUCAUGAUAUUGAAUUUUACUCCAACAAAAUUUUGAAUUCUGAGAGCUAUGAUGACUUGAUUAUUACAACUUCAUUAAAUAUCUUCAGAGAGCAUAUAGGUCUUGAAAGCGUUAGAUAUAAUAGUUCCAUUCGUGAGACUGUUAUCGAGACAAUUGAUAAGGCUGCAAAUGAUUAUCAAGAUCGCAAGUCUUGUUGGUAUAAAUUGGACUGCUUGUGUGAAGAACUUAAGAAAGUAGGUGAAGAAUCAUUAGCAUUAUGCAUAGCCAAUAAGUCAACUAUAUUGACCUUGAAUAUUAAUAAUAUCAGUAUAUUUAGGCAAUCGCAUCACUAUGAAGGAUUCUUUUAUAAUAAGCCAUCAUCCAGUGAAGGUAAAUUGGCAGCAAUAUUAGAACGGUUAACAGUUGCGUUAUCUCCAAAGACAUAUAAUAAAAUUUACCGUGGUGUUCUAAACCUUGAAGCUUCAAAAGUAACUGCUGAUAAGGCUACUAUGUUGUAUGAUACUAUUCUUAAUAAUAAGAUUUCGACAGAUGAAAUCUCUCUGAUUAUGACUGAAUUGGAAAGUAUUCCUGACGUCCUCGAUGUUAUUUCAUCGUUAAUUGAUUCGCGUAUUAAGCCAGAUAACCUUGAUGAAACUAUAAGAAAAUUAAAUCCACUAGCCACUAUUGGUACUUUGACUAAAUUGAAUACACUAGUAACUUUCAGAAAUAUCAAACGUCACCAUGAGUCAAUUUUAUUAAGCUUGGUCGUUUUAUUCUUAAUUUGUGAAGUGAAUGAACAGAUCCUACUCUUGCUUAAUAAAUUAAUUCAAAGAUUAUCCAGUUAUGUUAUUGUUGAUUGUGUUUUCAAUACUUGCUUUGAAUCAGAUAACAUACAUGCUAAAGUAGAAUCGACAGACCUUAGCAAUUCCGAAAACUCGUUAUUUUGGACAGGAUUAGCCAAUAGAAACCCAAGACUUAAUUCUUUGAUUAUAGAAGGUAAAUUGACUGAAAGUUACGAUUACUUUUAUGGUCAUGUCAUUUCAUCAUAUGAUAAAUUUAUUCUUGAUGUUAUUAUAGAGUUAAUAAAUCAUGGUGAAAGUUUAUUAAUUAAAGAGAAAUUCUUCUCUAAAUUAAGUCAAUCAAAAAUCAUCGAUAGAUUUUUGAUCGGGUUAGUUUAUUUAAUCAACAAUGAGCCAUUGGAGUUUUUCCUGAUAUUUGAAAAGCACGAAUUUUUCAAGUUUGAUAAUGAUUCUAUUAAAGAAGAUUUAAAGAAAAAAUUCCUAAACUCGUUGUCUAUCAACCCACGUAUAAAAUCUUUCCUCACCACGAUAUUUUUAAAUGAAUUUGAUGGUAUAGACAGUGAAUUAGGAAAAGCAAACUAUUUCCAUGCAUUAUCGGAAUUAUCAAAAUCACAAGGAAGAGAUUUACGCCAUCGUUCACAUCACCGUCAAAGGUUUAUAACCCCGACUACAAGCGCUAUUAAUGCUGUUACAUCAGCUGAUGGUUCAUCUUCUACUAUUGAAGCGGAGUUCAUAAAUAAUGCGUUGAAAUUUGAAAGAAUUGCUGUUGAAAACUUGAAGAAAAUUAAUAACCCAGAUGAAACAGUUAUCCUGAAUAUUGACCAAUUCUAUCUAAAUAUAUUUGAGAUGGCACUCAGUUCAUUAAAAUAUGAUUUGGUAUAUGAGUGCUUAUCAUAUUUGUCUUCUUCGAAGGUUUCAAAGAUUUUCGAUUUUAAGGAUCUACUUAGUAGGUUCAUAAACAACUUAAUGUUAAAUCAACGUAUAUCCAUUAUUUUUCCACCAAAUUCGAAUAAGUUAUACUCUAGACAUUAUUUAUUAAUUGAUUCGAUACUAUUGGAAACCGCUAACAAUGAGUUAGCAUUGGCUAAUUCUCUCAAGUGUUAUGAAUAUCUUUAUACAUGGAGGCUUUUCGGCCCAACGUUAGAUUCUAGUCAAUUAGCCGAUAAAAGAGGUGCAGCUGAAUCGUUAUAUAUGUUUAUUACGAGGUUUAAGCAUGAGCAAACGAAUUUACUCGCCAAUUCUACAACAGUUGUUGAAGAUAUCAAACAAUAUAAAUUGAAGAUUUUAGAAUUAUACAUGAUAAUUUUAAAUUGUUUGAAAAGCUUCGAUGAUGAUGAAGAUAAGUGGAUUAUAAAAUCAAAAAGUGUUGAUUCAUUAUCAGUUACCAAAUUGGAUGAAAUAAAUUUAGAAUAUUACGAAUGGUUAAGAGAAUUAGAAGACGAUUUGAACUAA